CUGAAUCGAAACAGAGAAAGGAAAUGCAUGAAUAUGAGCAGAGAUAAGAUGGGAUGCGAAAGGAGACAAGUACUUUGAGCUUUGUAUUUUGUUGUCAGUUUUAUGUAAAGGCAUAUGAGUUAAAAUUCCGUUGCAGCUUCGUCAUUUACGAUGGAAACUGGAAGCUAUGCUGCUAGACUACACGAGUACGCACAGAGAUCAGGGUAUAGGCUGUAUUAUGACGACCUCGGCUCUGUUGGUUCUGACCAUAAUCAAACAUUCACCCAGAGGGCAGUCCUAAAUGGUAAAUUCUGUCCCGGUGGUGUGGGUAAGACCAAGAAGGAAGCCAAACAUAAUGCAGCUAAAAACGCCCUGAAAUACUUGUUGGAGAAUGAACAUCAGGACUCAGUUGACUCAACAGAAAAUGCAACAGAAGCGUCUUCUGCAUCCAACAUCAACUAUAUAUGUUGGCUCAAUGAAUAUGGUCAGAAGAACAAGUUAACUAUAAAAGCUGUGGAGUCAACAAGACCCGGACCAAAUUAUGCUACUCUAUGUUGCAAAUUCAUUGUUGGUGAUAAGGAGUAUCCAGUUGUCAAAGGGGAAACAAAGAGGGAAGCUAAGGAGGAAGCAGCCAAGCUUGUAUAUGAUAUGAUACAUGGCGGUAAAACUACAGAGACUGCAGAUGAGAAAUUCAACCAUACAUCAACUCAACCACAGGAGGAAUUCAAUCAAAAUCUUUCUGAUAUCUGCAAUAUGACAACAAGCCUCAAUAGUAGCUUCAACAACAGCUUUACAGAGACAAAUUACGUAGGAAUUGUCAACCACUACUGCCAGAAAACAAACAGCUCCCAUAAAUUUAUAGAGGAGGAGAGACGCGGCCCGCCUCAUAACCUUCAAUUUUUCUACAAAUUAGUGAUCAAUAACAAGGACUACCCUGUGGGUGAAGGUAAGAGCAUCAAGGAAGCGAGACAAAAUGCAGCUCAGCUGGCCUGGUCUGCUCUUCAAGAGCAGUCAGACUGGGACAGCAAGGUGUCCGUCAGAUCAACAGCGUCCGAAGAUGGUGCUCGACCUAUGUUUUCAGCACAAUCUGCUACACCGGAGUCCCAUGACUCAUCACAAAGCACACCAAUGAGCAGUGUCUCAAUAAUAUUCACAGAUUCAUCAAACCUUUCCGCGGCUCAGAUGCCCUUCAGUUCAGCUGAGUAUGAAGAAGAUACACCAACCAGGUUGUCAACACCAACUUCACUGGAGUCUCUGGCGUCAUCACAAGGCAUGUCAACGGGCACAAGUGCUUCAGGAAUAUUCACUGAUUCAUUUGUUAAUCUCAAAAGCUUUACUUCAGACUUUGAUCCCUUGGGUUGUCUUGGCAAAGGAGCCUUUGGUUGUGUUUACAAAGCAAGACAUAAACUGCUGAACAAGUACCGUGCUAUAAAGAUUGUCUGCUGUGAGGAGAAAUCUCUUCGAGAGGUGAGGGCAUUAUCAGACCUCCUCCACCCUAAUAUAAUUAGAUACUACUCAGUUUGGAUGGAAGACUCAGGAUACCAAUGGGACAUUUCAACUGGCAGUUCUAGCUCUUUCCGGGCUGCAAAUAAUUCAUUGGCAAAGUACCUCUAUAUUGAGAUGGAGUUAUGUGACACCAAAACACUUGGACAGUGGAUUAGUGAGAAGAACACUCAGUCUCCACAAGACUGCAAGAGAAGAGAAGAAAGUCUAAGCAUUGCUCAAAACAUAAUUUGUGGAGUCGAAUAUAUUCACUCCAAGAAGCACAUCCACAGGGACCUUAAGCCUGACAACAUCCUGUUUGGACUGGAUGGAGAAGUGAAGAUUGGGGACUUUGGUCUGGUCACCAGAGACGAUGACGAUGCUUUGAUGGACAGAACAGUGGGCAGAGGGACCCCAAGUUACAUGGCGCCUGAACAAAAGACAGAGAAGACCUAUGACCGAAAAGUGGACAUAUAUCCUCUGGGGUUGAUAUACUUAGAACUCCUUUGGAAACUCUCUUCUGGCCACGAAAGAGGAGAGGUUUUGUGCAAUGCCAGGCGUCAGAAGCUGCCGAAGGAGUUUUCACUGACUUUUCCCCAGGAGAACAAAAUAAUUAUGUCAAUGCUGUGUGAGAAGCCAGAAGACCGACCUGAAGCAAGUACACUGAAGGCAGAGCUGGAGAAGUGGGCUCAGCUGGUCAACACACAAAAUAUGCAACAGAAGAAUCUAACUGUGUGAUUAUCACAAGGAACUGUGAUAAGUCACAUGAGCUUUAUAGAAAUCUGUCUCUUCUGAUGUCUGUUACUAAAAUUUGAUAUACGUUUAUUAAUAUGGUGUUAAUGUACUGCACUAACUGCACUAUAGUACUUGUUGAGAUCUGUACAAAGUGCUUCACAAGGCCAUACGCCUGUGGCCUGUGGCAGUGGUUGGUAGAUUGACAUUCUGUGUUUUGCUCAAGGACACGUCAACAUGUUCACAGGACAUCAGAUCAUUAACCAUGCAAUUAAUAAACAACCUAAAAGGGGAUCUAAUAUUAUGGAUUUUAUAAUCAUGAAAAGAUAUACAAAAUAUAUCAUGCUUUUAAAAAGUAACUUGCUGUAAUUCACAUCUAUCUAGCUUAUGUUCAAAAUAAUCAUGUUUAGGGUAAUUUCUGUGUCAACUGGUACCAUUUUAUUAUAUGCUGAAAAUGGUUAAAUGUAUUUCAAGUGGUUUCACAUUACAGCCUUUACUUUUUUUACUGUAAAAUUUUAAGUUGGAAAUUAAAAUAAUGGUUAUCUGGGAUAGAGUGGUCAUUCAUCUACAAAAGUUGCACACACACGCACAUAUAGACUAGGUGUAUGUUUUGUUUUGUUUUCGUGUUCAUUAAUCAUUGGAAACAAUAAUGCAAAUAAUAAAACAUAUUGUAAAUGUAUUUUUAUUUUAAUAAUAUUAUAGGACAGAAUUCAGUAAUAGAUUGAUGAAUUAAUAGAAUUAGUUGAAUUUAUGAGAGGCUGCUGGGUCACUAGUGCAGUUUACUUAAAACACUUCCAAACAAUUCAGUGGGGAGUGUUAGAUACUGAAAAGACAGAUUUAUGGCAGAGCCUACUUUUAAUCUCAAUGUAAUAAAUUGCAAAGAUCAACAGAACAUCAAUGGAAAUAUUCAGCUUGUGUCAGGCCAAUGACACAUUCCUCCUUAGUUUUAACUCUGCAUAAAUAGCAGAUCUGCCAGAAAACAGAAACUUUUAAAAAACAUUUCCACAAGGGUGACAUGGACCUUUAUUUGCUAUAUGAAUCAUAGGGUCACAAAUUGUAUGUAACCAUAGUUUUCUCAAUCCAUAGGAUAGCCCCUCUUUGUUGGCAUGCUUAUACACAGUAUUUAAAUUGUUUGCAAAGUAAUACUGUGUAUAUUGGAACAAGCUAUUUUCCAAUCAAAGGGACAGACACAUUUAUCCAAACUGAAAUUAAUUUGCUGACAAAUCAACAGAGCGAUCAAAUCAGAUACUGUUUUCAAUGAUUUCACAUGAAGAUCAGGCAUAUGAAAGUUCCUCACACUACAAAUAUUUAAAUGAGCUAUUCUUAUCCCUUUUUGUGAUGCAGAACAUCCCCAGUUUUACCUUUACCAACAUAUCUGUAUGUGCCAUCACUUUCUGAGCUAUCACUGCAACACACAUAGUAAGACAUACAUAUAACAGUACUUAACAAGGAUGAACAAUGUUGAUGAUCAAAAAUGAAAUGAUCAAAAAAAUGGCAGGACAUGUGGGGCAUGGAUAAUGUUAGGAAUGUGGUUUUGUGUUCAUGUUUUUCCUGUUUAGUUUGUUUUCAUAGGUUUGGUUUUGUGUUCUGUGUUCUGUAAGCUUUAUUUUUAUCUUGUCAUGUUUAGGGUUUUGUAGCUUUAUUUAGUCUUUUGCUCAUUCGCAUGUUUAAGUUCUCUUAGUAUUUGUCUUGUCUUUUAUCUUAGUUCUUAGUCCUGUGUUUUAGUCCUGUGUUAUAGUCCUUUGCCUUAGUACUUAGUCUUAUGCCUUAGUUCAUGUUUAGUGUUUUUCCUUGUCUGUGUAUUUCUGUGUUUUCUUUUGGUCUGUGUCUUAGUCCUUAGCCUUAUGUCUCAAUGUUAGUGUAUUCCUGUUCCCCGUUUAGUCCUGUUUCUGUUCCCUGCCCUGGUUUUGUUCAGUUAUGCAGAUGUUUCCCGUUUUUCUGUUUUACUUUGGUAACUCUCUCCUUGUGUGUUUCCAUAUGCUUUACUUCCUGUGUUAUUUUGUAGUGUUCCUGUUCUUAUGUGUCCUUGUCUAGCUUUGUUCCUGUUGUUGAUUAACUGAUGUGUUUUAGCUGUGCUUCUCUCCCUGCCUGUGACGCCCUUGUCAAUGUUGGGUGUUCUGCCCUGUACCCGUGUUCCUGGUUUACCAUGCUCCUGUUUGGAUCUCAGUUCUGGUUUUUGGUUUUUGUUCAUUUGUGGAUUUUCAUUUCCUUUGGAUUACUCUUUUGUUUGGACUGUUGCCUUGUGCUUUGGAAAAACUGUUGCAGUAAGUUUUGCUAAAAUAAAUAUUUUUGUUGGACUGAA